AUUGAAGCAAAAGUCAGCCAGAAAAGUCGUUCACUGGCAAAUUGGAAACACCGAAAAGUAGGUUUUCAGAAUGGGAUGAUUGUGUCCGCGCUGGUUGCACACUUCCAACUAGCACCAGCAAUCACAAUGCCUAUCGGUGGAAUGUUGUGUACCAAUUUCGGUUGGCCAUCCGUCUACUACUGGCAUGGAAUAGCAUCAUUCGUGUUGUUUUCGAUCUUCAUUGUAGCAUAUCGCAACUCACCGAAUAAACAUCCCAUCGUUAGCGAUGUUGAACUCAGCAAAAUAUCACUGGGCAAAGAUUUCGUAACUAAGUCAGAACAACGGCAAGUACCGUACGGUAAAAUUUUGACGACAUUCUCAGUGUGGGCGAUUUGGAUAGCGGCAUUCGGCAAUUUUACGUGUGUCAAUUUGAUGUUCCUUUUCUCGCCGACGUUCCUCCACGCUGUGCUCGGAUUCCAUGUUCACCACACUGGUUUAACGGCCGCAUUUGCACCGUUACUUCAAUUUGCGAUAAAAAUCAGUUGUGGUAUUGCGAGCGAUAAGAUCAGAAAUGUUGAUGAAUCUGUUAAGCUGAAGGUUGGUUUCAGUGAAUUUUUUUUAAUGUGA